CUCUUUUAUUUUCACCUUCAGGUAUAUUCUCGAGCCAACGAGCAGGAACCUUGUGGCUGGUGGCUGGCCCGGGUGCGGAUGAUGAAGGGAGAUUUCUAUGUCAUCGAAUACGCCGCCUGCGAUGCCACUUACAACGAGAUUGUGACCCUGGAACGGCUCCGGCCAGUGAAUCCCAAUCCCCUGGCAACCAAAGGCAGCUUCUUCAAGGUUACCAUGGCUGUGCCUGAGGAUCUGAGAGAGGCCUGCUCCAACGAAAACGUCCAUAAAGAGUUCAAGAAAGCAUUGGGAGCGAACUGCAUCUUUCUCAACAUCACAAAUAGUGAGCUCUUCAUUCUGUCGACCACAGAAGCUCCUGUGAAGCGGGCAUCCCUGCUGGGUGACAUGCAUUUCCGAAGCCUGCGCACCAAACUGCUACUCAUGUCCCGCAAUGAAGAAGCUACCAAGCACCUAGAGAACAAAAAGACUAAGGUCUUUCUGGGCCAUUAA